AUGCCUAGAAAGUAUGAAUGCGAUUUCUGUCAAUGUUCAUUUCCUGACAAUUCCACAAAUCGAAAGAAACAUCUCCAAGGUGCUGUUCAUCAAGCCAAUCGUAAACGCCAUUAUGACUGGUUCAAAGAUCCUAAUGAGUUUGUGGCUGAACAAAUGAACAAACCUCCUUGCAGACACUUCUUCACUCAUGGUCAAUGUGAAUUUGGGCUGAGUUGUAAAUUCAGUCAUAUUGCCUAUGCAACCUCUGGUGAGCCAAUCUUAUCACCUGAAUUAAUUCAAUGGCUUCAGUCUCGAAAUCAGGAACAAAAUCAACAGAGUAUUGCACAUCAAAAAAAAACUGAGCAACAAUCUGCACGUAAACGAUCUAGAUAUCGCCUUCCUACAGGAUGGAAAGUCCGUAGCCUACCACCUUCACUCUGUCCACCCAAAAAACAAGAGUACGAUUGGACAGACACAGGUUAUUGGGGAUAA